GUUUCCCGCCAAACGCAGCCAUUUGGUGAAUCAAGGUGUUGUUGGGCGUUGUAAAUAAGGCAAAUUUAAAAGUGUUUUUUUGAGUAGAAAAACGGAUAAAAAUCAGCCGUACGAUUCGUUUUUAAACGUCACUAUCUUCGGAUGAUGGCAAUAUAUCAUCGGAACAGCGAAAAGAGAAGAAUCGGGCACGAAUUUCGUCGGCAAGAAGAAGAAGUCAUCGGUAGCUUAUGCAGGUUGGCCAAUCGGCCCAUUUCACCCAAGACCCAGAUGGAACAGGAGAAGAGGAUCCGAAGAGAAAUCGCCAACAGCAACGAGCGGAGGAGGAUGCAAAGCAUCAACGCGGGAUUUCAGUCGCUCAGGACCCUGCUGCCGCACCACGAAGGAGAGAAGCUGAGUAAGGCUGCUAUUCUUCAGCAUACAGCAGAUUACAUCUACCAGUUAGAACAGGAGAAAACUAGAUUAUUAGCUCAGAAUUGCCAGUUGAAAAGAAUUCUGAAUACUCAGAUGAACCUCGACAGUGAUGGGAGCAGCUCGGAUUCUCCUCUCCCAAAGAGACGGAAGGCCGAAACAGAAGCAUCAGAAAGUCUGCCCACUCCAACUACCAGUCCAUCAAGUGCAGAACCAAGCAUAGAUGAUUUAGGUAGAGAAAUGAUUGAAUUAAGAGUGCAAUUAGAUCGAGAAAGACGUUUAAGAAUGAUGAUGGAGGAACAAACUCGAAAUCUAGAAGCUCAGCUUUAUCCUGAACGUAUUCGUGAAAUAACACAUCAGGUUCAGUUGCAAUAUCAACAUCGAUCAAGUGAUGGUGAAUCUCCGUCACAAGUCACCAUUGAGCAAAUACCAACCAGUCCACAAUCUCAGCUUCCACUUAGUGACACAGAACCAAAACGAGAGAUAGCAACACCACCAACCCCACAGAACAGUUCCGAAGAAACUUUGGCUUCCGAGGCACCUCAAGAUUUAUCAGGAAGAAGUCAUACUAGUUCCUCAGAAAUGAUUGAAGUGAUAACAUCGACAAGUACAACAUCUGUGGAAUCUCCUCCACCUGCAAACAACAUAGAACAGACAACUUCUCAUAUCUAUCCUGCCAGCACUUCUCGUCAGAAUCUGGAGACCAUAGUCGAAGCCAUACGUCAUCUAGAAGGAGAUCAUCUCUUUCAGGAUGACUCUGAACCAUUAAAACUUCAAACCGUAUCAUUAUUGAAUAUACCUUUAGACAGUUGUGAAAGUAACGGUCAUACAGACCACGUAAUUCAUUUGCAUGCCAGCAGUACAGCCAGUGAGCAACACCAAAGGUCUAUCAGUGCAGGGAAUUCAGAGUAUGCAAUCAGACAACAGGUCAUCCAAUUCCCUCUUCUAAACCAAUCACGGCCUGGUGUGAUUGUCGCUACACAUUCUUAAUCAUAAUCCCACUUCCCAUUUCUGCACAUUUUCAUCUUCGUUUCAGUGGGUUUUCAUUCCACCAGGUUCCUGAGGUUAUUUCUCUCUUCCUGGAAAUCAUUUGACAUUUUAACCCACUGGUGUAAUAUAACCAUUACUGUCAUUUCUGUUUUGAUAAAAUGUUUCAGUUCCUGGGUGCUUUACACAUGGUCUUCUAAUCCUACUGAUGCAGUCCCUGUCCGAUUCCUCAGAUUCAGAGAGGAAGAAAGAAAGAAAAAGAUCAUUUUUAAUAAUAUGAUUUUUGAACAAGUUUCAUCUGUAUUUUGUACAAAAAAUUUUAGAAAAUGAUUAAAAAGAAAAAUGUGAUUUGGAAUUUCCCCAGUCUCUCACUGGCUACAGGCAGAAGCAAAUUGGCUUGUCACUGUUGCCUGAUACUAGUUCACAUUUUAUAUAUAUAUUGCCUGUCAAGUUUAAUAACAAGUUAAAAACAAAAGGUAUAUAUAUAUAUUGAAUUUUUUCAUUGUGUUAAGAGUGUCAUUUUUAAACUAAAUUUUAUGUAAGACAAACAGGGAAGCAUCCUCCCCAUUUUUUGCACUGUAAAUAUCAUGUUCGUAUAAGGUUAGGUUGAGACAUUAUUUAGAAGAACAGAAGAGGAUUGUACCACAAAUGCACUCAUAAUGUAGGCUGUGUUCAAGUUGAAAAAUAGUCUAGAGGAGUUUAAAGAUGUCUGUUAUUUAUUUUCUUUUUGAAAUAGUUAAAACAUAACAGUUGUGAAUUAGUAAAUAAUCUUGUCAAUUGUUACAAAGAGUGUCUGUAGCCAAAGAUGGGCAACAGAUUUGCAUUAAUUAUAUUCAUUAUAUCAUGUGUUUGUACAAACUGAUAUGUAAAAAUUAACUGGAAGAAUGUAUCCAAGAACAGCAGUUAAGCUGUUUUUUUUUCAUAUGUUGUAAAGUGAAAGCACAAUAGUACUUUGUUUUUCCAUUAAAAAAAAUGCCAUUGAUUUGUAUAGCAUUGCAUUAAUACAUAAUUGUAAAGAUGUUUUGUGAUUAAUUUUAAAAAGAUUUUUUAAAUUGGAAUGAUUUUAAAGAAUGGACUGAUUUCACCAGUUUUAUAUGUUGUAUUUUGAUUGCCAAUGUUCACUUAUGAUUCUUUAAAAAAAAUUUGUUUUUGUGACCAAGUAAGGGACCAAAAGUUAAUAGUGAGAUCCCUAGUUCUUUUGAUGUUUAGUAUAGUACAAGAUAGAAACAAAUCAAAUUUACAUUUUGUUUGUAGAUGGCACAUUUGGAUAUUAAAUGUGUGAUAAAAUGGAAAAAAAACUUGAAAUUAAUUUCAAAGAUUCUGUUUUGGAAAGCGGUUAAAGGGAAUCAAAAUAAGUGUAAUGAGAAUUUUUGAUUAUUGUGUGAAAGAGCAGUCUGUCUGUUGUGAAUUGUCAAAUGAUGAAAUUAUUUUAAAGUAUAUCCCCAGGGCAUUUUUUGCUUUUAAACGUAAAUAGGGUGAAAUGGGUCCAUUCAUUUAAGUACAUACAUGCCAGCAUCAGUGCAUUGUGGCUGACAUUGAUAACUUUGACAGUCAUUUGUAAACAUUGUUAAUUCAUUGUAAGUUCCUCUCAACUAGGAUGGUGUGCCAAAGAAGUUUUAUGUUAAAAAUUGCAGCUUAUACAGAAUGGAAGAUAUAUAUAUAUAUAAAGAAAAAAUUAUAUAUUGGAGCUGGCAUCUAUUCAGUUCACUCUGAAGUUGGCAUGUAAAUGCGCAGAUGAAAAAAUCCUAGCUGUGUGUACUUUUUGUGUGUGCACGUUUACGUAGAUAGAAGGCGUUGUUUUGUUUUUAAUGUCUUUUUAUGAAAAUGUGUGUUUUUUCUACAUCUCUCUCAAUGGUAAUGUGUGUCAACGUGUACAGAGACUAGUAUUCAAAAUCAGGUACAGUAAAAUAAUUAACAAUAGUAAAAUGUUUGGUUGUCAAAUUCAUUCAGAAAUAAGUAUUGUUAUCAGUCUGUAUAAACUAGUAUUAUUUACAAAGUUUUUUAACUGUUUUGCAUUGCCCGUUUUUUCACUUAUCAAAAACUGGUCUGGUAAUUAACCAUUGUAUUUAUGGGGGGUUAAAUUUGCAGGUGCUUCAUUCAAAAUGAUAUUUGGGCUGCAAAUUUUGCAGGGUUGAUAUCACCAGUUAUACAAAAUGGGAUUUAUAUAAAUAUGCAUCCUUUAAUACUGUGAAGUUAAUUAGAAUAGUUCAACAAUGGAAAUACUGGUACUACAUAUAAUAAAAUAAAAAAAAGCUUGUACAGUUAGUGGUAAUUGUUUAUCUGGCAGUGUUUAUCUCUUUUUCUUUUGUUUUUCCUUGAUUCCCGCUGUCUGUGUAUUCAAACUUUUCCUAUAUUGAUAAAUUUUCUCCGGUUUAGAACUGAUGUAACAGAUCAAAUGUUAUCUGUGUAAAAUCAUUGUCUGUUGUCUUUCACUGCCUUGAAAUAAAAAGUGGUGCAACCUA